AUGAAUUCUCUGCCACCCGAAGUUCAAUUUGAUGUCUUCAAAUGUCUUGAUUUCGACCAAUUAUUUUCUGUUAAACAAACCAUUCGUUAUUUCAAAAAUUUUAUCGAUAAAUAUGAGAAUGAAUUGGCUCGCUUGAAAUUUAAUAAACUUAGCAUUUAUAAUUGGAGUUAUAAUAAAAAGUUCAAUUCAUAUAAAGUUAUUCCAAUUGAAUCUGGAUUUUUUGAAUUUAACUUGAAUUCACAACUUAAGGAAAAAUGGCAGAAAGCGAUAGAUAAAUCAAUUCCUUUAUAUUUAUUUAAUUAUGGACCUCGAAACCAAUCUGCCGUCUUACUCAAUAAUUAUAUUUUAAAAUUGUCAAACAUUCCAAAAAAUAUACAAGAAAUGACUGUUCUUCGAUGUUGGUUUGAACAUUUAUUUAAAUGUGCUUUUGAAUAUACCGGUUUUGAUAAUGUAUUUAAUCCAGAAAUAAUUAAUUUAUUGUUUGAUAACGACAAAUCAAUUCCUCUUCAAUUUCACAUUCAAAAACCAUCUCUAUAUGAAAAACACAUACGUGAAAAUAUUUUAAAUUUGUUUCAAAUAAUUUAUCAAUUUCUGAAUCUCUCAGUAUUAAUUACAGCGAGGAUGACAUUUCAGAACGACAAAUAA